CUCCUCCUCCUUUUCUUCCUGCUCCGGCUCUCCUGGGCGAGCCAGGCUGCAGCUGCAUUGAGCCGGGGUGGUCCCAGCCUCGCCCCUGCCUCGCCCCAGCCGCGCUGCUGCGGCUCCCGCCCCAUGGCUGACUUUUGCUACCCCUCUAGAGCCCGGGGCUGAGCUGAGGAAGCGAUGAAAUUUCCAAUUGAGACUCCAAGAAAACAGGUGAACUGGGAUCCUCAAGCGGCUGCUCCCCCAGCAGUGAGGGCUCGUGAGCCUGAGCCCAAAACUGUCAGGCCUUAUCCAUCUUCACAAUUCACCGUUUCCACCCAAGCCGCUGUUGUUGCUGCCAUGGAAAGCACUUCUCAAGGCCGGCAGAAAGUGAUGGAUUGGAGAGCAGUGGUGGCCAUCUUUAUCGUGGUGGUAGUUUACCUGGUGACGGGAGGACUCGUCUUCCGUGCCCUGGAGCAGCCCUUUGAGAGCAGGCAGAAGAACACCAUCGCGUCAGAGAAGGCUGAGUUUCUUCGGGAGCACCUUUGUGUCACUGAGCUAGAGCUGGAGACACUCAUUCAGCGUGCUGUUGAUGCUGAUAACUCAGGAGUCAGUCCCGUUGGAAAUUACUCUAACAAAAGCAGUCACUGGGACCUUGGAGGUGCCUUUUUCUUUGCUGGAACAGUCAUCACUACUAUAGGGUAUGGGAAGAUUGCCCCAAGAACUGUUGGUGGCAAGGUUUUCUGCAUCUUGUAUGCCCUAUUUGGGAUUCCACUGUUUGGGUUCUUGCUGGCUGGGAUUGGAGACCAACUUGGAACCAUCUUUGGGAAGAGUAUUGCAAGGGUGGAAACGGUUUUCAGAAAUAAACAAGUGAGUCAAACAAAGAUCCGGGUGAUCUCCACCAUCGCAUUCAUCCUGGCAGGCUGCAUUGUCUUUGUGACCAUUCCUGCAUUUAUCUUCAAACACAUCGAGGGAUGGACAGCCUUGGAGUCCAUUUACUUUGUAGUUGUCACUCUGACCACUAUUGGCUUCGGUGACUUUGUAGCAGGAGGAGAUGCUGACAUCGCGUACAUGGAGUGGUAUAAACCCUUGGUGUGGUUCUGGAUCCUUGUUGGCCUUGCCUACUUUGCUGCCGUUCUGAGUAUGAUUGGAGACUGGUUAAGAGUCCUGUCCAGGAAGACACAAGAAGAGGUUGGAGAAAUAAAAGCCCACGCAGCAGAGUGGAAAGCAAACGUGACGGCCGAGUUCAGAGAGACACGGCGGCGGCUCAGUGUGGAGAUCCACGACAAGCUGCAGCGCGCAGCCACCAUCCGGAGCAUGGAGCGCCGGCGCCUGGGCCUGGAGCAGCGGGCGCACUCCUUGGACAUGCUCUCUCCGGAGAAGCGCUCCGUCUUUGCAACCUUGGAGACAGGACGCUUCAAGGCCUCCUCUCAGGAAAGCAUCAACAACAGGCCCAACAACCUGCGCCUGAAAGGGUCAGAUAAGCUCAACAAGCACGGCCAGGGGGCAUCUGAGGACAACAUCAUCAACAAAUUUGGAUCGUCCGCUAAAAUGACAAAAAGGAAAAACAAAGACGUCAAAAAGGCCAUGCCUGAGGAUAUGCACAAAAUUUAUGAGACCUUCAGAAACUAUUCUGAUAGAAUACUGGAUGAAGAAAAAAAGGAAGAGGAGACUGAGAAGAUGUGUAAUUCCAAGAAUACUUCUAGCACUGCAGUUCUGACCGACUGUAUCCAGCAGCACUCAGACCUGGAAAAUGGAGUGAUUCCCAAUGAAGCCAAAGAAAGGAAGCAGAAAAACAAAGUGGUACUUUAAGACAGAAGUUAAAUGUAAAAGAUGUUUGACUUGAACUAACAAUGUUGGUGUUUUUAUAUACAUAUAUAUUGAGACACGUGCCUUAUACAGACUCCUUAUUCAGUCUGAAUUAUAUAGCAUCCAAGAAUAUUUCACUGUGCCAUAAAGACUCAAGCUUGCUCUGCCAAAACAAAUCAGGAACACAGCACUGCAGAAUGGCAACAGAAAGCUACGCACAUGGAAAUUUCAGCCUGUAUAAGAUUACCAGGGCAAGACACAAAGGAAGGGCUUGGACCAUGGCAGUAUCACCAGAGGGCUCCUACCAUGGUGUGAUAUUAGACAAAGGGCAGCUAUGCAAGAAGGGCCUAUGAAAGGGAUGAAAAACAAUGUAUCUUUGUAAUGGAGUAUGCAUCCAUAAAGCCUUUCCCUGGUGAUUAAAAAAAGGAGAAAUAAUUGGAGUGAACUAGACACUUUCAGUAAGGCUUAGUUUACGUUUUGGCACGUGAUCCAAGCUAGAUUUUUUUUUCCUAUACUGGAGUCAGAUGCAUUACCUUUCUAAAUGCCAAAAGAAUGUCCAUGGACACAGCUAGCAGCUGAAUGCUGGUUGGAAAAUCAACAUAGACAUAAGUAAGGGUUGGAUUGCUCUUUUCAGUAAAAAAAAAAAAAAAAAAAAAAAAAAAAAAAAAAAGCAAAAACAAAACAAAAAAACUCUGUGGGUAUUUAUCUUAAGCAAUGAAAAAAAAACCAAAAA